AUGGAACCGGCGAUAAACAACGGAUCUGGAUCCGGCUCCGGCUCGGGACCUAUCGCCGGCGACGGACGCGAUUGGUCCCGCUUGCCGGAGGACCUGCUGGUCAGCGUCCUGCGAGCAGUGCACGUCGCCGACGCCAUCUGCUCUGGCGCCGUUUGCACCUCCUGGAACGCGGCGUACGCGACGUUCCGCCGGUUGCGUGUCCCGUCGCCGAAGCAGCCCCCCUGCCUGCUCUACGCUUCCGAUGCCCUCGGCCCCGGCGACGCCGCGCUCCAUUGCCCGUGCACUGGAGCCACGCUGCGGAUCCCCUUCCCGCGGGCCCCGCUCGCCCGCCGGCCCCUGCUAGGCUCCGGCCACGGGUGGCUUGUCACUGCCGACGAGGCCUCCGACCUGCACCUCCUCAACCCCGUCACCGGCGCCCAUGUCGCGCUCCCGCCCAUCACCGCGCUCCACCACGUGCGGAGGGGCACGGACGAGAAGGGCGACCCGGCGUACCUCGUCUACGAGAAUCUUCUUGAGUUCAGUUACAGCAAGCGCCGGUUCGAGCGGGACACGCAGCCGACCAUCCUGGAGGUGGACCGGGCGCAUGAGUUCAUGUACUACCGCGUCGUGCUCUCGGCCAGCCCGUCCGCCGGGCGUGCCUGCGUCGUGCUGCUCCUGCAUAUGCCUGAUGGCGAGGUCUCCUUUGCCAGGCUGGGCGACGACCGGUGGACUUGGGUCGCACCGGGCGCCGACGACGACGACACGGGUCUCCCGUCAAGGUUCGGCUACCGUGACGCCAUGUACAGUGCCGCUGAUGGCUUGUUCUACCUGGUCCGAUUAGACGCCUUCAUGUGCAGCUUGGACCUUAACGGGCCUUCGCCGGUGGCACGUAAGGUUCUCAACUACCUGCCGAAGUCUGUCGACCCGACCAAAUACCUCGUUCAGACACCAGCCGGUGACAUCUUGCAAGUUUGGAGGUUGAAGGACUACAUCGACUCGACGAUGCCGGUGCACUUUCCACCAGACUACGUGGACGAUGGCGAAAGGGGUAUGGACCCGUGUCUGGAGCACAAUACCAUUGAGAUGCAGCUGUACAAGGUUGACCUGCAUCGACAGAGGGCGGAGCUGAUCAAGAGCCUGCCAGAGUAUGCAUUGUUUCUUGGCUUCAAUGGCUCUAUGUGUCUACCGGUAAAGGAUUUCCCUGGGUUAAAGCCGAAUUGUGCUUACAUGACCGACGACUCCGUAGAGUAUGUGAGUUUCUGGAAGCUUAACCGGCGAGAAAUUGGUAUUUGGAGUAUCGCAGAGCAAAGCACCCAAGGGCAAUCCUGCCGGACGCCACAGCUUCAGUCAGUAUUGGAUCAGAAACUCUGUGAUGAAGCAUUAGAGGGUGAUGAUUCUACGGAUGGGAGAGAAUUAAAGAAAUGCAUGGCUGAAGAUUCAGGAUUAGCUGCUAAUUGGAUCAGUGCUGCUGAUAUUGAAGUUGUUAAUCCUUCCAGCAAUGCUGUUGAGGAACAUGGUUCGAAGUCAUUCCAUGCAGAGGAGAUCAAGAAACAGGGGACAUUAUACAGGGAAUUCCUUUCAGUCAUCCCACUCGGAUGGGGCUCUAAUGGUCAGUGGAGAUCAUCAAGAAAGCUCACAAGUUUCAUUACUGUUGCAGUAAUGUUUGAAAUCAAGGGGAGAGUUCUGAGAGCCCAACAAGAAAACAGAAUCAUCAGUUCCGGCAAUCAGUAUGGCAGAAAAUAA